UCUCGCACGUAGAAGUACGAAUUAAGCAACAGUUGAAACUCGACAGCUCGAGCUACGAUUUCUCAUGCUGCAUUAUUCGUUGCUUUUAGUCGCCAAUUCCUCCCGCUUCCUUCUCCAACUCAACCAAUCACCAAUUGUUCGACGAAAUGCCUGAACGAUGCUAUCACUCACAGCUCAUGCCCGAAUCCCAAUUUCAAAGCACCGCGUCUCUUCCAUCAAGGCUCGUAUCCUCCCUGCCCUACUUUCCGCGCGGAAGUCCAACAAACCGGAUAACAACUGCCAGAAAUCUCUAAAUUUGAGUUUCCGGUUGAAAGAAAAGAAGCGCGCGCUCAAACUCGACAGUUGCGGCUCCCACCAGGGUGACGGGGACGUGGAAUUGGAGGCGGAGAUGAUGAAUUUCAUGGCGCAGUCGGAGAAAACAACGGAUUCUGAUAUGGCGGAGUUCCAGAGGAGAAUUGAGAAUUGUAAACAGAGCGGUUCCUCGAGUUUCUUAAGGUCCACUCCUCAAAAUUUGGAUUCAUCUUCAUUGGAAACAUCACAACAUCAUGCUGCUGAUGAGGACUCUGGGAUCGAUGGUAUAUUGAGUAGAUUGGAAAAGCAAAGGAACAGUGAUUUGUCCGGAAUCAAGUUAAGGAAAAAUGGAUAUAAAGCUCAGACCAGAAGUAAAGAUGAGGGAAAUGACAGGCAUUCUGAUACCUCCUUAGGUUUCGGUGAGACUAAUCUUGAAGAAAACACCAGACAAAUGCAUGCUUACCACCCCAAAGGCACAUUAGAUUCAUCUGGUGAUAACAUUAGACAUAAUACUGAGCCAGAAACUUGGAGAAGUUGGAUGGAUAGACGAGCAGGGUUCCCUCUUACCGAGUUUGAAGCUGCAGAGAUUUCUUUGGAAAAAUACCGUGUUGAUACUAAUAAUGAGAGCUAUCAUGAAGGAAUAAAUAUAACCACUAAAUACGCAGAAGAUUUGGACGAACACAAAGAGAUCAAUUACAAUGAAGUACGAACUUGUCUUUGGGGUCUAGAAUCUGAGCUAACAACAGCUCUUCACUCCAUUAGAUCUAGACGGGAGGAUAAUAUUUCAAAAGAGGUAAUUGGAAGCACUACUGAGUUGCAGUCUCUUUCUGAUGCAAUGGAGUUCCAAGAGAAUGAAGUCAUGAGUGCGAAGCAGCGACUAAGGUCAAUAAGAGCAAAGCUGGCUGUACUAGAGGGGAAAAUUACAUUAGCGACAACUGAAGCGCAGAAGAUAGUAGAAGUGAAGCAGAAACGGAUAGGUGAUGCCCGUAAAUCUUCAAAACUUCUUCGAACCACCUCUAUAGAGUGGCCUAAUUCAGCUGCACAGGUUCUCUUGGCAGGCUCUUUUGAUGGCUGGAAAACUCAGAGAAGGAUGCGAAGAUCAAAGUUAGGGGUGUUCUCGAUAACCUUGAUGCUGUAUCCGGGUAGCUACGAGAUCAAAUUCAUAGUUGAUGGGAAAUGGAAACUCGAUCCUCUGCGCCCGACCAUCAACAAUAAUGGAUAUAUAAACCACCUUUUCAUCGUUUCAUGAAUCUGUACAGAAUUUAGAUGCAGUUCUAGGUAGAAAGAUGCACCAAAAAACUGGUGGGCAGCUUGUUAUACUGUUUGUCGCCUAAGCUGUAGGAAAUUCAUAUUGAUUCUUUCUAGUGAUUAACAUGAAAGACACUGCUUCGCUAUGAUCUAGCACAUUCUUUUCUGAGA